AUGCAAAUUAGGCUUCACUAUGUCCAGCGGCACAGUCUUGGGUUAGAAGUUGUAUCAGGUUGCUGGCAAAGAGUUUCCGUCAAGGGAUCAGGGCCUUCCAACAGAAUGGCAUGGAAUGAAACUUGCCAAAAUUGGCUGGCAGCAGAGAUUUCCCUGGAAAAGUACUAUCUUUCCAUUUUUUAUGGGAUCGAGUUUGUUGUGGGAGUCCUUGCAAAUACAACUGUUGUGUUUGGCUACCUCUUCUGUCUGAAGAACUGGAAUAGCAGUAACAUUUAUCUCUUUAACCUCUCUAUCUCAGACUUGGCUUUUUUGUGCACCCUCCCCAUGCUGAUAAGAAGUUAUUCUCAAGGAAAGUGGACGUAUGGGGAUGUGCUCUGCAUAAGCAACCGAUAUGUGCUUCAUGCCAACCUCUACACGAGCAUCCUUUUUCUGACUUUUAUCAGCGUUGAUCGAUACCUGCUCAUGAAGCAUCCUUUCCGAGAACACUUUCUGCAAAAGAAAGAGUUCGCUGUUUUAAUCUCUUUGGGUAUUUGGGUUUUAGUAACCCUAGAGCUCCUGCCCAUACUUUCUCUUAUACAUCCAAAUAUAGCUGUCAAUGGCACCAACUGUAUUGAUUAUGCAAGCUCUGGGGACCCCAAAUACAACCUCAUUUAUAGCAUGUGUCUAACCUUCUUGGGAUUCCUCAUUCCUCUUUUGGUGAUGUGCUUCUUUUAUUUCAAGAUUGCUCUGUUCUUAAAGCAGAGGAGCAUACAGCUUGCUACUGCUUUGCCCCUUGAAAAGCCCCUCACGUUAGUCAUCAUGGCAGUUGUGAUCUUCUCCGUGCUUUUUACUCCCUACCACAUCAUGCGGAAUGUGAGGAUUGCUUCACGCCUGGGAAAGUGGAAGCAGUCCCGCUGUGCUCAGGCCAUCAUCAACUCCUUAUACAUUGUGACUCGGCCUUUGGCCUUUCUGAACAGCACCGUCAACCCUGUCUUCUACUUCCUUAUGGGAGAUCACUUCAGGGAGAUGUUGAUGAGCAAGCUGAGGCACCAAUUCAAAUCCCUGACAUCCUUUAGAAGAUGAAGUCAUGGACUGAUGUUUCCAUUCAGGGAAAAGUGAGAUGCUUGUGUAACACACUGUUUUGCAUGUGCAGAUGUAGGCCAAUUAGAAUUUGAUUUAACUCAUAGACGUAAAUCAGAGAAGCAAAGAUUUGACACUCUUUUAAAGACAUGCUGUGCCCGGAGUCUGUGAAAAGAAGAGGAUGGGAAGUAUUUAUUGGUUUCUUCACCUAAGAAUUGAAAGAAACUGGGCUGGCAUUGUCUAGUGCUUGAGCAUAUAAAUCCAAAACCCUAGAUGUUAUAAGACUUUCUCAACCAGUGUAAAAGAAAUAGAAGAUAGAUAAAGCAGCAAGUAGUCUGCAUUUAAUCAUCACCAGAUUGUGAAGAAAAAUAUGUUGGCAACAUUCUCUACGUUAUUCUUAUUCAUUUGAUCUUAUAACUUAAUGUGAAAACUGAAUAACAGAUUAAGCAGACACUAUUAGAGAUUAUUGUUAGAGAUUGUGGUCUUGAACAAAAUUUAAAGUCAACCAUAGCAACAAGCAAGAAAGCAAUGUAAUGAGUUCAAGGAUGUCUCUAUGUAUUUCUUUGUACUGAUCAUGAGUUGGAGUCAAGUUGUAAUUAUAAGUCCUAUUUUGUUUCAUGGUUUUUAGUGCAAAGAAUUGAAUUAAAUGGAGCCUAAAGAGAUGGUUCGACAAAAAGAGAGACAUGUUUGAGCUUGUCUCUCAGGGAAUUUAGGUAUAAAUGAUUUUACCAAAGUACACAAAGGGAGAGAAGAAGAAGAUUUGCAAAAAUCUCAGAGCUAUGGAACACAAAGUGUCUAUCAGAAAACCCAAAGCACGACAAAAUAAAACAAAGCAAAACAAAACAAAGGUAAAUACUUUUGGACGACUGUAUCUUAAAGACAGUGACUUACAUCUGGAACGAGCCUUGUUUUCAUGUUCAUAGAACAUCACAUAAGACCACUGAAGGAAGUGUUCUAAACAAAGUGCACUUUAUGAAAUUGUAAAAUGUAAGAAAUAUUUAUGCGCAUAUUCAUAUAGAUUAUCCAGGCAUCCCUCUAUGCCACAAAACAAAUAUAGGAAAAACCAAAUGGAUGCUACAUUAGCUUUUUAAAAUCAAAUAAGUAUCACAUAACAAUUCACUUACAUGUAACAAAAUGUGUCCAUGGCCACAUGUCUAUGCUCAUUUCCUUAAAGUCAUUAGCUGUAUUUAUGCUAAGUAAAAUAAGUCAGUCAGACAAAGACAGAUAUCAUAUGUUUUCACUCAU